AGUUGCGAGGUGAGGCUUGCUUCGUGAGGGUCGUGGCUGCUUCUGCUGCAGUCUGCUGGUCUAGCGGCGUGUUUCUGCUCGAGCCUCUCCUUCCUCUUCCUUCCUCUCAUCCUCCUCUCUGCUGCUCUCUUCUCUUCGCUUCCCGAGCUGCGAGCUACGCUCUAUCGAAACGUAUUCACAAAAUUCCAUCCGGUCAGUUGUUUUUAUUGUUGUGUUAACCUGCGCAGCACUGGUGAGUAGAGUUGUGAGUAAUAUAGCAAUCGUUUUAGAGUACUGCAACGUGUUAGAUCAAAGUUUGUUAGUUUUUGCAAGUCGUUUGUAAGUAGAUUGGUCUAUUCGGCCAUUACGCAUCACUGUUCUCAUCCUCGCGGGCGUUUUGUUUUGUUAUUUAUAUUUUUAUAAAACGUGUGUUUACAUAAUUGUUAAAACUUUUAUUAAAACAUUUUUUACAUGCAUAGCUAAAAUUGUGAUGUUUUGUUGUUAUUUCAUAUGUGCGUGAAGGAAUUUAAAUUUUAAAACUUGAACGUUGUUGUAGCGUGAUCAGAAGGUUAGCAUAUCUCCCUGUCAAACACAUCCUGUCGCAAUAAUAGGUAGUAGGUAGUAGUUAGCAGUUAGCGCUGAGGCGGUGACCGACACAGGGCUGCCAACAUUUCGAGCAGUCGAGGCGGUCAUAAACUCGACAUCCUGUAUUUUCACUCCUAUUCCUACUUUCCUCCUCCCUCCUUUUUUUCGUUCGCCUCCCACCCCUACUCCGCCGCCGCCGCAGCCGCCGCCGUCGGUGGUGGGCCGUGCCUGUGCUGCUGUAGCCAGUGCUGCACGUGCGUAGUGGUGGGCCGAGGCGCCGCCCCCGCCGCCCCCCUGCUGCCCCCGUAUCACCACCCGCACUCGGCCGCCCCCGGCCGCUACCUGCUGCCCCCCGCCCCAGCUCCCGCCGCCGCCAGCACGCCGUCGCCCGCAGGCUCCGCCUCCGCUACGGCCGCCACGCCGCCCGCCAAGCGCCUGCCCGACGAGGACCAGGACGUCCACAUGCGCGGCUCGGACGAACUGCUGUCCCAGAGCGGCGCGGUCAGCAAUGGUGCCGUCAUGAGUCCGCAGCCCAACCACACAGACAACAACAACGACGCCAAGAAGGUGAAGCUCGACAAGCAGACCGGAAAGGCGUCCAAAGUCAUCCACAUACGCAACAUCCCAAACGAGGUGACUGAGGCGGAGAUCAUCCAUCUGGGCAUCCCGUUCGGCCGCGUCACCAAUGUGCUCGUGCUCAAAGGGAAGAACCAGGCGUUCCUGGAGAUGGCAGACGAGAGCGCCGCCUCCACCAUGGUCAACUACUUCACCAACUGCAUGGCCCAGCUGAGGGGAAGAGCGGUCUACGUGCAGUUCUCCAACCACAAGGAGCUCAAGACAGACCAGACGCACUCCAAUGCGAACGCGAGUGCCCAGGCGGCGCUGCAGGCGGCCUCGGCACUGUCGGGGCAGAACGAGACCCAGGGCGGGCCUAACACCGUGCUGCGCGUCAUCGUCGAGCACAUGGUGUACCCCGUCACGCUCGACGUGCUGUGCACGAUAUUUACAAGAUAUGGUAAAGUCCUCAAAAUUGUCACCUUCACCAAAAACAAUACGUUCCAAGCUCUGAUACAAUAUCCGGAUGUUGUCACUGCACAAGCUGCGAAACUGUCACUGGACGGGCAGAACAUCUACAACUCGUGCUGCACGCUGCGCAUCGAGUACUCGAAGCUAUCGAGCCUGAACGUGAAGUACAACAACGACAAGAGCCGGGACUACACGAACCCCAGCCUGCCGACGGGAGACCCGGGCCUGGACGCGACCCUGGCCCUGGGGGGUGAGUUACUCCCUCAGCUGUUGUUAGCCGGGGCCGGGGGGCGGCACAGGGGAGUGGCCCAGGAGUCGGCCGCGGCCCGCCUCACUGCAGCAGGUGCUCCGGGCGUGCUGGCGUCACCGUUCGCAGCAAUGCACGGUCUGGGGUCUCCCCUCACGUCACCCUAUGGGAACGCUGCAGUGGGCGGCCUCGGAGAUCUGCUCCUGCUUCCAGCCAUGCCACUGGCCGGCUUCCAGCUGCCCGGGGCCGCGACCACCGCCCUCAACGCCGCGGGCCUGCGCCUGCCGGGCGCCCUCGGCGCGACGGGCUGCGUGCUUCUGGUCAGCAACCUCAAUGAAGAGAUGGUCACGCCUGACGCUCUUUUUACCCUAUUUGGUGUGUAUGGAGACGUACAACGUGUGAAAAUCAUGUACAAUAAAAAGGAUAGUGCUCUGAUUCAGAUGUCCGAGCCACAUCAGGCCCAUCUCGCAAUGACUCACAUGGACAAACUGAGAGUGUUUGGCAAGCAAAUCCGUGUGAUGCCAUCGAAACAUCAGACUGUUCAGCUCCCAAAAGAAGGCCAGCCUGAUGCUGGUUUGACCAAAGAUUAUUCAAACUCGACCCUGCAUCGUUUCAAGAAACCGGGCUCAAAAAAUUAUCAGAAUAUUUAUCCUCCAUCAUCUACGUUGCAUCUGUCGAACAUUCCCCCUACUGUCUCAGAAGAUGAGAUAAAGGAAGCAUUUACAAAGAGCGGGUUUACUGUGAAAGCAUUCAAAUUUUUCCCUAAAGACAGGAAGAUGGCCCUGAUUCAGAUGGCAUCAAUGGAUGAUGCUGUCAUCGCACUGAUUAAAAUGCACAACUACCAGCUGAGUGAAUCAAACCAUCUGCGAGUUUCAUUUUCAAAAUCGAGCAUCUAACCACUGGAGAUUUGGUUGGAUUGCAAAAGUUUGAUGGCUUUAUUUUUUUAUCAAGCUGGGUAAGAAUGACGCACAUCAGGAAUGGUUCAGAACUUUGUACGGCAUCACCUCGAAGAUUCAUGUGCAAGGAAGCAAAGCAGCCGUGGCACGAUGAAGAUCAUGGUCACGCUUAUUUUUUCUUAAGAAAUGCUAUCGCGUAUUGCAAUUACUAUCAGGGACAAAUGUUUUGCUACCAUAUAUAUAUUAUCUACGUAUAUAUUAUUUACCAGGAAGAUAGUUAAAAUAUAUUUAACUUAACUUGCGGAAAGAAUGUACCAGUUUUAAGAAUGAGACCAAAAUAGAUGACUGUAUAUAUUUUAUGCUACGUUAUUCGUGUUUCUAUCAAACGCUUUGAUAUAGACAGUUGAUGACUAGCAUUACAAAUAGAAACAAUCAUACAAAUUAUAAAAAUGGAACUGUCUAUUUUUGGGUUGUCUUUGACAAAUAUAUAAAGAAAAACUUAGUACAUAAAGAAGUGUUGAAAGUAUUUUAUUAUGUUGUAUUUAAUUUAGAGAGACGCUUUCUUGAUUUGUGAGAGUACGUAUUAUCAAUAUAAAAAGAUUUUUGUGUUGAGUUAGUUUUAUCAACCAGCAUGAAUAUCAAGUUGAAUGAAGCAGUAUUCCAGUUACGGUUAGUUGUAUUGUACUACUACCUGUUCUAAAAUAACUCUCAUCAGUUUAUCAGAACAGGAAUGUUUUACUGUACAUUUUUAUUAUUUACUUAAUGUUAAUUAUUGAAGUUGUGAUGUUAGUUUUCUACUUCGUAAGGAAUUGUGUUCUGUGCAGUCACAGUUUGGUCCUAGUUUGGUAAAAAAAAAAUACUUUUGCAUUUAAUAAUUUUAAUGAGACUUUAUACAGGGUUUCCAAUGUUUACUAAUAAAUUUACAUUUUCUAUAAAUGUUGCCAAGAAUGCAUUGGGCACUUGCAUGUUAGUAUGUGUAAGGUUUAUUUAUGCUUUAUGAAAUGUAGUGCUGCACCAGAAUAAUUGGAACUUAGUAGACAUUGAAACCAAAUCUUGUAGUAAAAUGUGUGUGUUGAUUGUUGGGUUUUAGUAAGAUGCAAAUAAGCAGCAGUUGGCAUGUUAAUUUUCAAAUUUCAGAUUUUUAAUUUCUGUCCAUUUAUGUUACAUAUAUUGGCAUAAUGUUAAUUUUGUGGAAAGGACAAAUCAGGAAAAGAAAUUCUUGACUGGUCAGUAUGAUAUAUUUUUACGUUGUGUAUUGAGAAGAUUGUGGAACUGAGAAUCAGUCGUUGCUAUCAAGUGGAGUGUAAUGCACACAAUAAGUAUGCUAUGAAUUAAGUAUUAUUUUGAUGCUAUGAGACAGUGAAAUAGGAGAACAAACAACUUUGUAAAGUGGACGUAGUGUAGUUACUUUUGUAGAUGAAAGCUAGGGUGUAAGUUUGGAUUUUUAAAUUUAUUUGUAUGUAUGUUUGUAUGAGGGCAUGUAGUAUGCAUAUUAAAUUCUCAAUGAAUCAUUAACUUUUUGAAGAACACGGGGGGUGAUGUAACAUCGCACAUUUAAGUUGUUUAUUGCACAAGCUUCUCUUGUAUGGGAAAGUUGUCAUUGGUAAGGUUAGAUUUUUAUCAUGUAUUACAAGAACUGUGUCACACGUGUGUUGACUAAGGUUUUUUUUUAUUUAUGUAAUGAUACACAAAGUUACGGUUAUUGGCCUCAACUUAGGGAACAUUGUAUGUGACAUAUCUGUUAUCAAAUUUAUUUUCUUAUGUGUUAGUGAAGAGACAUGGUGUUUCUCUGUAUUUGCAGUCACUGUGUUGCAAAAUUUAACUACUUAAAGUUAUCAUGAGUGUAGUGCAUAAAUAGUUAUAGAAGCAAAAAUUGCGCAGUAAUGUUUAGGGGCAUUUUAUUCCACAUUUCAGGUUAGCAAAACAACUUCAGUAAAAUAUACACAUCAGCAUUUGCUAUUUUUUGAAUUAUAAUAUAAUGAUUAUAUAGAAACUAAGUAAUAAUAUUAUAAUUGUAAAUGGUUGAUGUUUGUUAAUUUACAUAAUCAUUAUAUAUCCUAAAUAUUAAAUCAUGACAUUUUGGAUACAUAUUUUUACAUUUGUUCAUUGUAGGAAGAAUGCAUACACAGAUAUUCUUAAAAAUUGAUGUAGUAUAGUGGUGUAAAUUUAAAGCGUUUAAAAUAUUAUCAAUUGUUAAUUGUAGAGAGACGACAGAAUUAUGCAAUUGCCAGUUCUUGUUUAUCUAUCAUGAAACAUUAACAGCAACAUAAAAUAAUAGCAGUGUCAGAAGAGUUAUACAAUCUCUGUAGGAUUUCAGCCUUUAAUUGAAACACAGUGCUGUAAUCAUGUUAAAUUAUUUGGAAGCUAAGCAAUAUGUAUAAUUAUUGUUUUUGUCCUUCAAAUUAAGAAAGAUUUAUCCACUUGGGUUAGUUAUUUUUAUAAUUAAUUUGUUUUGGAAGGAUACGGAUGUACAAGCAAUGAUAGUUUGAGUUGAGCUCGAGCCAAGUAUAAAAAAGAUUUUGAUGAUCAUAGAGUUUUUACUCUAGCAGGUUUUUUACAUUAAAGAUUUUGUCUUCCUGUAUUACAUACAGCAGUAGCCUGUAACACAUGGUCAAAAAUUCAAGUACACAUGCAACAAAAUUACAAAAUUUAAAUUUCAACAGUAGAUACCUAUUAUGCAACUAGUGUGGAACAGAUUCUGAUCUUACAGAUACCAAUGUGAACCAAUAUUUUUUUAAUUAAAUGAUACAACUGAUCUUUGAUAAUGAUAUACGAGCAAAUAUUAAAUGCAUAUAAACUGGUCACAUCUUUUUUGUUUAACUUUGAAUAAAUGCUUAAUACAUAAAGUAAACGAAGUUAUUAAUUUAGAGAAAUGUCUUGUAUUGCUAUUUCUGUGAAAAUUAGUCUUCUUUUUAUUAUGUUUACAAAACUUGAACCUGUUGGAAAUCUUGUUUUUGUACGUCCCUUGGGAAGAGCAAAUUCAACUGUUGGUAAACAGGCAAAAAAAAAACUUUCAUGAUUUCUGUACAUAUGUGCACCAAUUUACUACACAGAUUUUCUUACCAUUUUUCUUCCAUUUUCAUAAUUUUAUUCUAUGAUGAAUAUAGAGAUAUUUUUUGCUUCAUAUUUUUAUGGUUAAUUCAUUCAUUCAAAAUGCAGCUUAGACUUUGUGUUUUAGGUGUUAUUUUUUUACAGUUGAUAAAUACACUGCAACUAAUUUAUGUUGCAAGAAUUGAUAGUUUUUAUUGGUACUCUAGUGAAAGUUUUGAAGUAACUAAGAAUCUCACUUAUAAAUUAGUGUAUAAAAUUUAAUGAUUUCUAAAUGCUUUACGCAAGUGGUAUAUUAAAAUAUCAACAACUUUUUUUUUUUUUUUUGUAAAUCAUUCCAACAUGUAGUUUCAUUCAAAUGUUUGAUUAAUGCAGCUGUGCAGUUUGGGAGUAGCCCAUUUCCCUUUCCUUGGUUCAAAAUCUAAGAAAAAUGUUUACAGACUUGCAUUGCCUACUUCCAAACUUUCAAUUUUUACAGUGGGGUCAUGUUGUAUCUAGAGGUGAGAAAUGUAGACAAAAUUGAUUAUUAGUAUGAUAGUUAUAUUUACUUUUUUAAAGCAGUCUUAGAUACUUAGUGAAAUAGGGUAAGAUGUUGGUUUUAAAUAUGUCUUAGUAUUGUUAAAUUUUUUAGUUACUCUUACAAUAAGUACAGUGUGUGUCAUCGUUCAAUCUUUUCUCGUGACAGACAUUCAAGUUUCCUGUUGGAGAGAGAGAGAGCAUGCAGUUAGCUUGUUUACUGUCGAAAGUGCAGUGGCAUCUUGGUACCAAGCUUAGAAAGUGUCGUGAGAGUGGUAUUUCUCCUGGCCCCUUUUGCUGUCCUUGUUGAAUUUGUUUUUCAAGCGGCUUUCAUUUGGAUGAUCUUUAACUUAAGUGUUCACAUGUACGUUUUGGAUAAUUUAGUAAAUCAAUUGUGAUGCUGUGAAAUGUGUGUCAUUACUUCAUUCUGCUCUAUAGAUAUAGUAUAUAUAUAUUUGAAACAGUAUUGUUGUCAUAGCUUUAAAUGAGUUAACUGUAUGUAACUUAUUACUAUAUUAUAUAGUUUUGCAACUCUGUUGGUGUGGGGCGGUAUAAACGCAGUCUUUUUCUAUCUUUUAUGGCGGUAUACUGUAUUUCUAAACUUUAUAAUAAAUAAAGAUAGUUGACAAUCAAACCUUACACAAAUAUCUUGUAAAAUUUGUGCUUUUGAAGACAUUGGUUGCUGGAGAGGUGUGGAUAUCCUGAUCAUUCAAUUAUAACUUGCCUUGAGCCUUGUGGCUGUUCGGGCAGCGAUAGCUGCUGUGUUUUGCAUGAACAUCCUUCUCAGCGUCUACUUUAAUCUUGUUUAUUACUGAGAGUUUCUUCCGUUGUGACUGUUGGACAUAUCACAAGUACCUCAUUUAUUUUUGUACUGCUCGAAAUGUCACAAUCUUUACACUAGUGGUUGUGUGUGCCUUCACAUCCCACUUCCUCACAUAUGUGUUUUCACUUCUGUAGUUUUCAUCUUCACAAAUAUGGAUUAUAAAAGGGUAUGGUGAGUAGAUUUUCUCAGUUGAAAUGAUUAUACAUUUUUUUUUUUUACAACUCUUAACUCAUUUGACCAUGUUUGAGUCAAUUCUUUGUGGAAUUUUCCUAUCUUCUUUCUGAUUCAUACCAAUGGGAAUGAGUAUUAACUGAUUAUUGUGUAUUCUUCUUAUUUUUCUCCCUAUUGAUGCAAAAAGUACUAGACAACCCAACUUUUUGUUAUAGGUACUAACUUAAUAAUAAUAGGUAUGUAUUAUCCAAAAACAUGCAUAUUUUUUUAUAUUUUUUUUUUUUUAUAAGAUUUAUUGUGGUUCAGGUGUGUAGAACAUUGUAUAGGUCCACUGUUUUGCACAAGGAGAGUGGACUAAUUUUUUUUUUUUAAAUCACACUUGGUUGAAUACAAUUCUUUUAAAAUAAGUUUUUUUACAGUCACCUUGAUGCUAAAUGUUUCAUGCAAAUACUUUUUGAUAUAUACAUGUAACAUACACAAGUAUCAUAUAGGGAAUCGUGCCUCUUGCAUAAAUGGGAUCAAAGCGUAAGUUUUAAAAUAUCUUUAGACUUGACUUUGCUAUGUAGUUUAAUGCUCCUAUCAAUUUAUACCCUUUGACCUAACAUAUAAACUAAACUCUUACUGGUAUGUAUUUAUCUGUGUUAACAUGUGUUGUAUUAUGAGGAAUAAUAUAAAUUAGCAGAGACAAAUCUACAUUGUAUAAGAAUGAUGGAUGAAAAUAAUGCAUUUUCAAUAUAGCUUUGUGUGACCCUGAUGUAGAUGUCUUCUCCAAACUGACUUCACGUGAUGGCAAAUGUAUGUGGUUGGUGUGUUUUUUUAAGGCAGUUUUUAAAUUGAAACUAAACAAGCUUUGAGUCACCACUACAACCUAGUUAUUAUUUUGUAUAAGUAUUGAUUUGAAGAUUUCCGUAUGAUGGUAAAGUUGCAUUUAACACUUACUCUUUUAGAUGAUUGUUUGCAAAUGAUGUUUUUGCCAUCGCCUGAAGUAAAUGAUCAGCAAGUUACAUGUACUGGCUUUAACAGACUGUUAUUUGCUUAGCUACAGUGGUUUCUUGCUGUGUGUCUAAUGUAUAGUUUUGUUAACUGUUGCCUGUAAUUUGACCAUUGCACUUCUCAAACUAAUGUCAAUUCUUGAGAGCUUCUUUCAGGUGUAUCAGUUUGGUGAAUAUGUGAUUUCUCUUGAUGGAAUGGGGGCUGGAAGUGGUGUACAAAAUGUUUUGUUUUUAAACAUUUAAAAAAAUUUGUUUACAAUACAAUAAAAAAAAUUGACUUUUGUUUAAAAUAUUUUCAUGAUGUUUUAACAACCAAUAAAAUUUUAAUGAAGGUCAAUAUUUUGUUUUGUAGAAGCAAAUUUCUUUGUCGUGGACAACUGGAAAGUAUGUGCUGUUGACAUGGUUAAUAGGCAGUUUUUACCUGCCAUGGUAAGAGGUGUGAGAGGAGAGAGAGAGAGAGAGAGAGAGAGAGAGAGAGAGAGAGAGAGAGAGAGAGAAAAAAAGAAGAGAGAUAAUAUUAUUUUUUAUUUGAUUGCUAUGGAGAGCAAAGAGAUAUUGUCCAUGGGGAGUUAAUAUUAGAAACAUUGUGCCUUUAAUUGAAAAAGAAAGAAGCUUACUCAGUAUUAAUUAUUGUAUAGUGCAGAAAAAUGAGAGCUCCUUUUGUUUCAUUUAUCCCACUAAUUGCAUACUUAAAUUUUUUUUAUGUUAUAUAUAUUUUUUUAGCCAACCAUAUUUUAAAUCUGCAGUAACUUUGCCUUUAAAAUUUUUAAAAAAAUUGUGCUGUUUUAGUAUGUGGUGCAGUUUUGUAUGGAAGAUGGUAAAUAGCAUAUCAAUUUUGAAUCUCAACGUUUAUAAGAAAUUGUGUUCAUUACAGAAGCAGGGUAGGAUGUUUCAGUCGUGAAUAAUAAUGAGAUUCUUUAGGAAAUUAUGAAUCUCUCAAAUUAAUUGUAAUUUUGUGUAUUCUUAGAGGAAUUUCUGACAGUAUUGUAAAAAUGUUAUGCAUGAUACACAAAGUAUUAAAAUAUUGCUGUCAUGAAUUUUGAUGUGAUGAGCUGUUUAGUUUUCGAGCACAGCACGAAUGGAACACUUGCACGCAGUUAAUAACCGCCCAAGUUUGUUGUUUAGAUACAUAGGAGUGGACAGUUAAAUCCAUGUAAAUGAAAAGUAGUAUUCCAUUUCUUGUCUAGCAUUUUGAAACUACUUUUUACUAUGCAUUAUACAUACAUAUAUUGAAAUGUUAGCCAAAAGAAAAUGUGUCAAUUCAAGUAGUCGGUCAAACCGACCAUUUAAUUUAUCAUUUUUGAGAAAUAUAAAUGAUCAAACUUGUAAAGCUGUACCUGGAAGAUAAGUAGCUAGUAUACUUACCACAUUAAUUUUGUACUACCUAACUUAAAAAAUUAUUUCAAUUUAAUCUUAUUGUUAUACUUUUAAAAUUUUCAAGUUAGAUACAUUUUUUUCUUUUUUUUUUUUAAGUGGACUGGUUCACAAAGUCUGAGCACAGAUUUUAGCCACAGAUUUCUGUUUUAUACUGAACUCUGAACUUAAUUGUUUCUGAUUGUAGUUAACAAGUUAUGUAGGUACUUUUUAAUUUGUACUGCAUAGAGCAGUAGUUUGAUGUUGGCCUUGCAUUAUCAGGGAUUGCUCUGAAAUUAACAUACAGCUUACAAGUAAAAUUGCUACAGGUACAGAAAUUUGGCAAAAUGAGGAAAAGUCAGGGAAGAUGAUUAAAUUAUGAGAAUAUCAUAUUUGCUUUUUGUGAUGAAAAAUGUGCCACAUCCCACGAUACUGUAUACUCCACCCAAUAUUUGCUUUUCUUUCAAAGCCUUCUCGCAUGUUUCUCCUCAUGGAGCAUCAUUUCAUAGCUUCCAUUCUCACCAUUCUCACCAUCCUUCUUUGUAUGCAAGUCCUAUACACCAGCCUCAUCUCACAUUGGUGUGUGUGUGUAUAUAUGGAUAUAUAUAUAUAUCCACUUUAGAUUUGAUUAGUAGCAUAUGGCCGACAUCCAUUUUUAUCAUCCAUUCAUAUCAGUUAUCGACUGAAUUCCCAAGUCCCGUGAUUCUGUGUUAGUCCUUUUGCAAAAUAGUAUGCUGCUGUAAAUUAAGACUUUUUUCUAAAGAUCUGAGGCGAAAGUAACAAAAAGCAUAUAUUUAGUUUUGUCCACAAGGAAUAAGAUGAUUUUUUUUUUUCCUUGUCUAUCAUGCCUUUAAAUUUAGACAGCAAUCAUUAGUGUUUGUGACAUAGUUUUGCAUUCUUUAUUUCUGUUAUGAAUGGACAAAAAUUAGGCAAUUCAGGUGACUUUUGUUGCAAUUCGGUACUAUGCAGUGUACAGACUCCUGUUUCGGUGUUACUUAGGUUUUAUCACUAUUCACUUUGUAACUUAUGGCUAUUUUUAUGGAAAAAAAUAUUAAUUGGUACUUCUGUCUCUUUGUUAAAAAGAAGUUUCAUUUUAAAAAAAAAAUUGUUUCUUGUGUAGAGGUGAAGAAGCCUUUUGUUAAAUGUAUGUUUUGGUGGGCCUUAGCAGUUUGUUAUGAGGAGGCUUUUGUUAUAAAGUGAUGUUAUUGGGUUAGUUCAUUUUGCUAGAACUAGAGUAUUUGUGUAGAAAGAGGUUUUAAUAACCGAGUACUCCACAGGUUGGUAUUGUAGUUUGUAUUUACUUUUGUCAAGGCAAUACGUAACUACUGCUCAAGUGCUCAUGCAAAAAUAAAAGAUUUGAAAUUUAAUGACAAUUUUAAAAUAACUUAAAUUGUAAAUCGGAAUAAAAAAUGGUUUUCUGUUCAAUUGAGUGAAUUAUCCACUAUAUUUGCAGCCUUAUAGUUGAACAUCAAGCUCUGUUGUUUAGUGAGGAAAAAAUUCAUUUUGUGGUGUAGUGUUGUAACAUAGAUGAUGUGCUUACUAAGCUCCAAAUGCAGUGACUUAAGCAUUUUCAUAAAUGCAAUUGUGUAUGUUGCAUGAAGGAAGAUUAAUUCAUUUGGAUUACCUCUAUAAUUGUGAAUUUAUUAUUGCACUUUUAGCUUAAUUUCGUAAAUUCCUUGCAGGAUUUUAAUUUCCCCCCUCACCAACUGCUCCAUCACCCAAAUGAAAUUCUGCAUAUGCUUUUGAUUUCAAGUACCAUUAGGAAUUGUGUUUCCACUUAACAAUGUGAUUCCUUAGUUAAUAUUUUUAAUGUUGGCAUGAUGUUCUUAAGAACCGUAUCAUAAUUUAUAUUUUCGGGUCACAUGAUAAAUGUUGAAAUUUUCAGUGUGUACCAGCUUUACAAUUUUAACUUCAUAAUAAAUAUUAAUUUUACUUGAUCAGUUUGUAAGUAUUAAUUUUUUUUUUCCCUGACAAUACUCAUAAACUUAUAUGUUUAGGAGAGAGAGAUGGCAAAUUUUGAGAUUGGUACAGCUUUAAGAGUUUGGUUGAAAGUAGAUACAUUUGCAAAGUAUUGAUGUGGAACCCGUUGCAAUUUUUAACUUUUAAGUCUAACUGUGUGGAAAUAUUUUUUUAUAUAAAAAUAAUGUAAAUAAUAUGUUUUUACUUUUGUGUAUGAAUUUAAUCAUAUGGUGCAUUUUUUUUUUUAAUAAUUUGAAGAGAAAAAAAACUGUAUGCAUUUCCAAGACAUGUUCUGAUUAUUUUUUUGGUAAUAAAAGAAACAAAAUGCUAAUGUGUGUUAAAACAUUUUGUGCAAAUAUUUAUGAAUAUUGCUGGAACAUUUCUUCCCAAGGUAACAAAAAUUAAUUUUUCUCUCUUGUGCUUGUCUCUUAUUCUCUCUUUGUUCUUCUGUGUGUAUCUCUCUUUUCUGUCAAACACUAUACACUCUCUCUCUCUCACACACACUUUUUCAUUUCAUUGUUUUAAUCUCUUGCUGGUAGAAUUUCACAUGUCAUGAUUUGAGAUUAAUGUUAUAGAGAUGAAUAGGAAAAAAAAUCUGUAUUUGAUAGACAGUAGUCUUUCAUUUGCUAUUUAAUUUUCAGAUUGCUCUUUCUUCAUUUCUAUUACAAAUUUAUCUUGAAAAUUGUACAAACAAUUUCAUGUUUAAGAAGUGGAAUGUGUUUCUAAUACUGUGAGGGUAAAAGUUUUUAUGAUUUUCUUUACCAUACUGCAAUUUUUUUUAGUUAUUCUUAUUUGUCACAAACUUUUAAGUUUAAUUGGUAACCAUGCAUUAAAUCUUUAGUGUGUCUGUGGAAAUAUUUUAGUGCAAGAAGAUAAUUUUCAAGAUGACACCUGUACUUUGUAUUUUUUUCUGUUAAAGAAUAAAAUGCAGAAAUCAUAUUUCAGAUGCAUGCAUAGCAGUGCUUUCUACUUCUGUUUUCUGUAGUUCAAAUAUCUAUCUGCAAAACUAGUUUGAGUAAUUCUAGUGCUAUUUUUCCCUGAAAGCCUAGGUAUAGUUUCUACUAAUGUACUUUUUGGUACUUCUAAUGUGCUUGAGUAAGUACUUGGGACCAUUCAGUGAUAUGUGUUGUUGUGGGGAAGCAACUAACAGUUAUAUUAUAAUGGCAGAUGUAGUGUUUUAUUGAAUAUUUACACCACUCGUAGCAAUCUGCCAUUAAAAUUAACUUGGAAGUAUAAUUGGUACAAUUUUCAUUGUGACCACUUACAAACAGAUGCACAGUAAAGAAUUUAUAAUUGGACAUUUAUUUUAAAUUAUACUAACAAUAAGCAAAUUUUAUUGUUAUGUAAACUCUAAAUUACAUAACUUGCCCUACAUAAAUUCACAGUGAAGUAAAUGAUGACUUGCGUGCCGAUAUAAGACUCGUUCAUCAGUGUGCUUGAAUUUUUUUUCUGUUUGCACACAUCUGGUUCGCUUACUGUCUACUCAUGGGCGGUUUGCUUUGUCAUGCACAUGCUAUAGUGUGGUAUUUAUUUUCUGGUGAUUUGCUGUGUGAAUUUAUUGAAAGGUAAAUUAAAUGUCUUUAGCUUGUAGAUGUGACAAA